AUGAUACAUAUGUUUACCACAAACAGAGAGUCGGACGACAGCGACGUCGAGAUCGUGGCCAUCGUCUCCGCGCCCACCGCUCAGACCACAGGCGCCGCCACUGCGCGCCACUGGUCAUCAAAGCUCUCACCGCCGCCAUUGUUAACAUCAUUACCGCCAAUACAAUCACCGAUGGCUUCACCAGUUCCACCGCCGCCACCACUGAUAGCCGUAGACACAGUCCGACGGGCGCUGACGGGCGCGCAGAACGUACCCAAUGAGCGGCGACGGCUGUCAGUGGCGUCGGACACCACCAGUCCUACCGUAACACCCCAUACGUCCGAUACCGAAACGGAUACCGACUUUGAUGACAGUAUUGAGUGGUUAGACCCGUCUGAUAAUGACCUCCCGGCCGAUGGCCUGUUCAGCAACAGUUUGGCCACCGAUAAGCCCAUGGAAUCGCUUCCCGAUAGUGAUUAUUACGACCGGUUUGACUCAUUGGUGGGCCGGGUGUCGGGUCUGUUGAAUGCCUACACCGCUGCCGAUGAUAGCGAAGUUAAGCCAGUGAUCGGCUCUGAAGAUCAUACUGGUAAACCCAAUCUCAUAUUAAAUGCCUGUUCAGCACCGGGUGAUAGUAAGCCAGAGUUUGUCGGCAAACCAGUGGUCAAGCAGUCAAACACUGAUGUGUCCGCCACUGUUGACCAAACACUGGUCGACGUUAAACCACUGCUAACCGGUCCGAGACUACAGCCAGUGUCUGACCAGUCAUUGGCCGUCACUUUAAACACUCAAACCAAAGACACGGCUAGUGUUGAACCAAUUGUCGCUCAAAUACCGGCGCCACUGAUUGGCAACAAUAACACAUCAAAAUCUGGUCAACAAUCAUGUGUUGGCACAACACCUAUCGGUGCCCUCAUUUCAAACACCGUCACUAAUCAUAAUGACAUAAAUACUGUCAAAGAAGUGGUCAAAUAUCCCGUCAAACUUUUGGUGACAAUCCCUUUGGCUUUCCGGUGCCAAUACAAGCGGUGCGGCCGACGAUUCGCCAGUCAGUCGGCGCUCGACGACCACAAUGAGAACAAACACUCCGGCGAUUAUCACAAAUGCGAUGACAAAGACUGCGGACAAAGUUUUAUCACCGAAUCGUUGUUAAAUCAGCACAAACUGCGGGACCAUUCAAUGCCCGAACCGGUGGUGACCGGCGACUACCGGCUCUGUGGGUCAGAUGUGGACAUAAACCCACCUCUUAAUGACCAAUCGGUGCCCAAACCAGUGUCGAGACUAUUUGAAUGCGAUUAUAAGGAUUGUUUCGGAAUGUGUGCCACCGAAGAGAUACUGCAGAAGCAUAAGAGAGUCCAUCAAAUUCCCGGUCAGUUGUCGUUGACUCGAGAACUGCCCGCUGUUUCCAUUGAUAACACUGUGCCUAAAGUAUUGCCCAACACUUCCAGUGAUAGUACAGUAGUUGAAGCACUUCCAGGUCUUUCCAACGAUAACCUUAUGGCCAACGCAUCCAAUGGUGACGUAAGCGCUGAUGGCUUGGGUUUGGCUGACAUACCUGUGCCCACACCGGCCAACGUCGAGAAUAGUAGCCGAUUAUGGGAUACACUGUUAGGAGUGGUCAGUCGGCCGCCGGCCGUCACCAUAACCCUCACCGACUCAGACAUGAGUGAUGUUAUUCCCGAUACUAUUCCAGCGCUCGACACCAUCGCCUCGAAAACCGGCGAUAAGUCACCGAUCGGUCCAUUAGUGCCGCCGCCGUUACCGCCGCUCAGUUUAUUGACUGUACCACUGGUGUCGCCCGUUUCAGUGCUCUCAGAUGUGUCUACGAUAUCAUCGGCAGACACUGAUCACAGUUUCUGCACCCAAACCCGAUUGGAUUCACAUAUUAGGCGAAGACAUGCCGUCGAAGACAACACACAGUCCGGGGAACCGAUCGACAGAUCAUCUCAUGUCAGACACCAGUCAUUGAGUGCAGCACUCGAUGGCAGACAACAGAUCCCAACGAUUACUACUACUAGUCCUACAGUCCCGACAAUAACCACAACCACUACUACUUCCAAAGUCGACAGUCAAUGGCUGGACAUUAAGUACAAUAAUCUCAUCACAUCAUCCGAUAUUAGAGACCAGUCCUGGAGUAGAGCACCCGAUGACAGUCAACAGAUGCAAGCAAUCACUACCACUGACCCAUCACUGGCUACAAUUAUCACCACUUCCAGUCCCGACAGCCAAUCGAUGGAUAAUAAACGGCAUAAUGUUUGGGACUCUGAUAUCGAACUCAUUGGUAGAGUUCCGGCGCCCAAACGGCCCGCACGUAACCGAUCGCCCGUUGAUAUCAAGCCAUCGCUCAUAGACUCCAUACCUCUGGUGCCGGAAAUAGUCAACCGAUCGCCUAUUGACACAAAGCCAGUGAUAAUAAACACUAGUCCUCAGGAGUCGUCAACUGUCCAUAACUCACCAUUCAGUACAACAACUACUGGUGCCGGUAAUGAGCGCUCACAUGAGUUAGCGUCGGAUAUACACCGCUUUCCCGAAAGCAAUGCUAGUAAUAAGGAAACACCGGUGCCGUCAAAGACCGCCACUACUAUCAGCGUUUCGGGCUCUACAGUGGCUUCCAGUGAGAGGCCAUACAAAUGCGAUAAAUGCGGUCAGAGUUACGGUCGCGACCGAGAGCUCAAACAACACCGGGAGCUCCGACACGGCGUACGCGAGUCCUACCGAUGCGAUCAAUGCGACCGCCAAUACGACAAAGAGUCACAAUUGGCGGCACACAUGCGGCACAAUCACAGCGCGCGGGUCCGUCGCUACCGGUGCCCAUACGCGCAGUGCGAGCGACGGUUUGAAUCGCAGGAGGUUCUCGAGGAGCACCGGCUCAGAGCCCACCGUCACUACCGAUGCGAUUACAAGCCCUGCGUCAUGACGUAUACCACCAGCCAUGGGCUACGCGCGCACCAGCAAUGGUGUUGGUAUCGGUCGGACUCACGGCGUACGCCUUCCAGGUCGUCGUCGCACAGGUCUACGGAUAGGAUUUAUCGGUGCAAUGUUUGCCCCGUAAAGUACACCACUAGGGCUUUACUCUACGAUCAUACAGAACGGGCCCACAAACGCCGGUCCGUAACACUCAAUCGGGGCCAAGUAGAGGAGAGUGAGAGCGCGGACCGCAGCGGACCAGUCAUUGACACAAACGGUAAAGAAGUGGCCGAUCGUCGCACCGCCGGAGACGAGACACCGGCCGUCGUAUCGCACACUUCGGUGGCGGCGCCGCUCGAGACGGCCCACAAUAACAGCCAGAUUUCGGACUCAAUUGAAUUGAACGACAAGUCUGUGGUCACACCCGAUGUCAUACAUCAGACAUCGACUGCGGGUCUAAAUAAUCAGUCACAAAAUGAAAGGAAAUUCCAAUGCGAUCAACAAAAUUGCGGUAAAAAAUUCAUAUCAAAACCCCAUUUAUUUCGUCAUAAAAAUAUUGUUCAUUUGAAUGAAAGCAAAUUCAAAUGUAAUGAAGAAAAUUGUGGCAAAAGUUUCAAUCGAAACGAUGAUUUUGCACAAAAACUUCAUCUCAAAAAUCACAUUCAAAGACAUGAAUAUAAAAAGUCAUAA